AUGACCAUUACUGUCCGCGUCGCCGUCACUGGCUUCCUUUCGGUCUCUUGCUUCAGACGUGUUGUCGUCGAUAAUACCGCUCAGGUCCUAUCCAAAGCAAAGAAUCCUUCCGCUGGCCUCGCUGUAUACUCUGUCUGCUUGUCGACGAUUACGCUGGUUCUCGCCGCCGACAAAGCUGCACAGAGGCUCCUCGGCAACGAGCCCAAGCAUAUGCUAGCCACUUCAAAGAACGCCAACGCCGACUUCAAUCCUCCAUCCACUCAUGACGUGACCGCCUCUGUCACGCCUCAGCCUGUUGAAUCAUCUCAUUUGCAGCCAUUUCCGUCUCCAUCUCAAUUGCGUCUAAUCGAAUCGGCGAAAACAAUAUCCGCCCCAUUUUCUACUUGCAUGCCUAAUGAAAACACCACUGUAAAACCGUUUAAUUUGCAGCCAUCUCCCUUAUUGCGUUUAAUCGAAUCGACGGAAACAACGUCCACCUCAACCACGGGUUCUAAUAUUUGUACGCCUUGCAUCACUCUUACUUCGCCGGACCUCUACUGCAAACGCCUGUCCACCGAUUCCAGCACCACUCUUGUACCCCAUAACGACGACUCAGUUCCCGACGUUUUCCCGGACGAUGGUGCCUGUGACGCUGACGACUAUGACUUGAAGUCGCUUAGCAACGAAAGCACUGUCCACAAGGACGAUCGUUCCAAAAUACAGCCUCAGAAGGACCAUGCACUGGAACAUGUGCUUGAUAUUCUGAUUGCCAAAAUGACAGCUCUCACUCUCGAUGAUCUGCCUCGUCCUUCGAAGCUUCGACCACUCAUUCUAGUCAACCGCCACAAGACAUCCAAGGUUCAUUGUCCUCCGCCUGCCUACUCUGUGGACACAUCGACCCGACGUUUGGAGGCGUUCUCUCUCUCAGACAGUCCAUCUACCGAUCCUGGCGUCGCUCUUCCUGGACCCGGCUAUCCCACCAACAUGCCGACUCGAAUUAUGGAGGCUCUCUCUCUCGGAGAUCGCCCGUCUUCCACCUCUAAGCUGAAGCCUCUGAUCCUGGUUACGAAACACGCCACCCCGCACCUCAAGCUGCCUCCUCUCACGACUACUGUACUUCGACAGCCUAGAUCCAAAACAACAAUGCGGAGCCAGACGUAUUGGCCUUUUCCGCUGAACCCUGCGAUCUCUACACACCCACAGCCCGGCUGA